AUGAAAGAGAACAUGGAUGAUGGAGAGGUAGAGGGUUCACAUCAUGUUAUAUUUCCGAAGUUGGAUUCUUCUAGCAAUGUUCAGGCAUCCAUGUGGAUGGAUGCAUUUAUCGAUGAUUUCUCGAAGAAUUCAGGAACAUGUAACCACACUCACACUUACAACCCUCCUGGCCCUGGCCCUGACAUUGCACAUACUCACACAUGCUACCACAGCCACACCCAAAUCUUCCCAUUUGAAAAUGAUGAUGUGCCACACCAUAAUGAACAUCCAGUGCCAAAGCCUAGAAGGGUGUCAGGGAACAGAGAAGCCGUUAGGAAAUACAGAGAGAAGAAAAAGGCUCACACAACUUAUUUAGAGGGGAAAGUUAAGAAGUUAUCCUAUCCUUAUCCAUUUCCUUGGAAUAUUUUAUUUUCCAUGAUAGACCAAUAUUGA